UUCCUGUCAUCUGUCUCGAACUCCAGACAAACUGAACUACUCUCUUUCCCAAAAGACACCUGGACUUGUCCCGACAAGUUUUUAUUUAGGCUAUUUUUGAUCCCUGAAAUGCUUUUCUUCUUCCUCUCUCUUCAUCCACUGCCACAGUCUUCAUCCCUCUGAACAUGGUGUGAGCUCCUGAGGUCGGGGACUGCGACAGCAACAUCUUUGUGUCUCUCCUGCGCCCAGCACAGGGCCAGGUCUGCAGGAGGCUCUCUGCGAUGGCACUGACCAGUUGGCCUCCAUGGUAGUGCUGUCUGUCUGGGUGUUACCUGAUAGAAAUACUUCCUGAACAAUGGACCCUGGAGGGGCAGGGACAGAGCCUUCAACUCUGCUCAGUAGUCCUACCUAAAUGCAUGGAGAUUGGCUCUGGGCUGGGGCUAAUGCUGGACUCAGAAAGUCCUUCAAGUGUGCCAGCCUGUGCAUGCCUCCAGAUCCGUGCACUGGCUGAUCCCUCUACUUGGGUUUGCACGUGGCUGCCUCAUCAUUUAGUGCUCCGUUCACAAUGUGGGUCACGCUGUACUUUGGAUUCCUGGGGCUGUGUUCAGUGAUUACUGGUGGCUGCAUUCUCUUUCUGCACUGGAGGAAGAACUUGCGGCGGGAAGAACGUGCCCAGGAGUGGGUGGAGGUGAUGAGAACCACUGCGUUCACCUACAGCCCACUGUUGUACUGGAUUAACAAGCAAAGGCACUAUGGCAUGAAUGCAGCUAUCAACAUGGGCCCUUCUCCUACUGUCACUAAGACUGAGACUGAGGGCCCGAAUUCAGAUCCUCUGUGCGAGUCAGACAGCCCUGAGAGUAGGAACUAUGCAGCUCAACAGAGCAGCCUCCAGGUGGAGGCUUCUGUCCCCCUGCAACCUGCAUUGCAGCUGCUCCCACAGCUGCCCCUACCUGCCCCCAUGCCUCAGCCCCAGGCCAGCACCCCUCUUUCCAUCUUUCAGGAGGCACCCUUUGCCCUCUCCCUGUGUGACCUACCUCCAAUGCGGAACCACUCAGUCUCUUACCCUUUGGCCACCUGUCCUGAAAGGAACAUCAACUUCCAUUCCCUCCCUACACUGGCCCAUGGGGACCACCGCUUCAAUGCCAAGCCUUUUGCUUCAGAAUUGUAGCCUCUUUUCACUGAGGGUGGAAGCUGGAGGUAUUAGGACAGAACUAACCUUGG